AUGGCUUCUCCUGGAUCCUCUUCUCCCACCUCCCCACCCAUUCCAGCCAACUCCGGUGUCACUGUGCCGCCAGCUAUUCUGGCUAGCUCCGGUGUCACCUUGCCAUCAGCUCCCACCCAACCCUACACUAUUCAGAUGAUGAACAUUAAGUCCCAUGUUCCUGCCACUCUUGAUCUCACCAAGUCAAAUUACAUGCAAUGGUGUAUGUUCUUUGACUAUGUCUUUGACAAGUUUUCCAUCGGUGCCCACGUCAACACCCCGCCGACGCAAACACAUGUUGAUCCUGAUUGGCUGAUGAUCGACUCUGCCAUCGUAAAUUGGAUGUACACCACUAUCUCUAAUGAGGUGUUGGAUCUUGUGAUGUGCCCUUACAACACUGCCUAUGAUGUUUGGGUCGCCAUCAAGGAUCUCUUCCAUGACAUUCGUCUCACUUGUGUUGUCUACCUUGAAGCCAAAUUCUGCAGUGUCUUUCAAGGUGACAUGUCCACUCUUCAAUACUGCUCUAAUUUUAAGACUCUUGUUGACACCCUCCGUGACGUCGGCCAGCCGGUGCACGAGGAGAACCAAGUACUCAACCUAUUGUGGGGUAUGAACACCAAAUUCAGGCAUGCCAUCCCUAUCAUCACCUCCAAGGACCCCUUGCCAUCCUUGCUCUUUGUUCGAUCAUCACUGCUUCUUGAAGAGCUCCAACUUUCUCAGUCCGAGAAGAAUGUCACCACUCAAGCAUUGUUUACCCAACACGCUUCCGAGGAAGAAGUUAGCGAGCCCGAGGUAUUUGAGGACCCAUGGGCUUGGUAUGAUGUUGCCCAAACUGCUGUCAGUGCCAGACCAUCUUCCACUGCUCAUAUGGGAAGUGCUAAGCAAAGCUCCAACGGCGACAACGACGAUGAUAAUGGAGAUGGAGAUGGAGAUGAUGACUACAAGGAGGACAACGACUGA